AUGAUAAAUGGUGAAAACCUUUUUUCUUAUUUAUCAGUCAGUGACAUGACUCCGUAAUGAUACUAAAAGCUGGAAAUGCUAAAUCUUUCAUAGACUGGUCUUUCAGUUAUUUUCAAUUGGUUAGCAGGGCUGGGAGAGAAUAAAAGCUGUGUUGCAGUGACCAUGUCAUAACUACAGGGGGCACUGUGUGAUGUCUUUAGCCUCCUUCUGUGGUGUGUUUCAGAACUGCGCUGCAGCCCUGGACAGUUUGCCUGCCGCAGUGGGAAGAUGCAAUGCAUCCCGAUGUCCUGGCAGUGUGACGGCUGGACGGCUUGUGAGGACAAGAGCGAUGAGUUGGACUGCCCCCGUGAGUGAAACAUCUUUAACCCUUUACCCAGACUCCAACCUGAACUCUAGUCCCCUUUUCAAAACAAUUAGGGCUGGAUUUAAAAUGGAUUAAAUCUAGAUUUUGUGGCACUGGCCUACAUACAAUAUCCCAUAAUGUCAAAGUGGAAUUGUUUAAAAAAAACAAAUAAAUGAAAAGCUAAAAUGUCUUGAGUCAAUAAAUAUUCAAACCCUUUGUUAUGGCAAGCCUAAAUAAGUAUGCUGAACAAGUCACGUAAUAAGUUGCAUGGACUCACUGUGUGCAAUAAUAGUGUUUAACAUGAUUUUUGAAAAUACAUUUAAAAAAGCAGGCAUUGAAUAUCCCUUUGCGCAUGGUGAAGUUAUUAAUUACACUUUGGAUGGUGUAUCAAUCAAUACACACAGUCACUACAAAGAUACAGGUGUCCUUCCUAACUGUUGCCUGAGAGGAAGGAAACCACUAAGGGGUUUCACCAUGAGGCCAAUGGUGACUUUAAAACAGUUACAGAGUUUAAUAGCUGUGAUCGGAGAAAACUGAGGAUGGAUCAACAUUGUAGAUACUCCACAAUACUAACCUAAAUGACAGUGAAAAGAAGGAAGCCUGUACAAAAUAAAAUAUUCCAAAAUAUGCAUGCUGUUUGCAAUAAGACACUAAGUAAAACUGCAUAAAACGUGGCAAAGAAAUUAACUAUGUCCUGAAUAUAAUGCGUUAUGUUUGGGGCAAACACAACACAUCACUGAGUACCACUUCAUAUUUUCAAGCAUGGUGGUGGCUGCAUCAUGUUAUGGAUAUGCUUAUCAUCGGCAAGGACUAGGAAGUUUUUUUUUUAGCACAGGCAAAAUCCUAAAGGAAAACCUGGUUCAGUCUCCUUUCCAACAGACACUGGGAGACAUUGAUCUUUCAGAAGGAUAAUAACCUAUAACACAAGGCCGAAUAUACACAGGAGUUGUUUACCAAGACGACAUUGAAUGUUCCUGAGUGGCCUAGUUACAGUUUUUACUUAAAUCGGUUUGAAAAUCUAUGGAUAGACUUGAAAAUGGCUGUCUAGCAAUGAUCAACAACCAACUUGACAGAGCUUGAAGAAUUUAAAAAAUAAUAGUUUGCCGAUAUUGUACAAGCCAGAUGUGCAAAGCUCUUAGACGUACCUAGAAAGACUCACAGCUGUAAUCGCUGCCAAAGGUGAUUCUAACAUGUAUUAUUGACUCUUUGAAAUUAUGGGGUAUUUUGUAUAGAUGGGUGAGGAAAAAAAUCAAUUUAAUCAAUUUUGAAUUCGGCUGUAACACAACAAAAGUGGAAUAAGUCAAGGGGUAUGAAUAUUUUCUGAAGGCUCACUAUUUUAAAAACAAGAUGGAGAACAAGCUAUAGGAUGAAAAAUACCAGAGUUCUGGCUCGGGUACAUCUGACUAGCGCUAGCUAACGCUACCUAGCAAACAUUUUAUUAUUAUUAUUAUUAUUAUUAUUAAAAAUACAAAUUGAUACUUGGAGUCAAAUUAUCAAUACAGUAUUUUCCAAAAUAAUAUUGCGAUAUGUAACUAUCGAUUUCUUUCCUCUUAUCCCCCAAUCACUACAAACAAUCACGUGACUAUGUCCAUUUUUAUUGUAUUGCAUGCUCCAAAGUGAAGGACAGAGACUUUGUACAUCCCCAAAAUACUACAAUAAGCCAUAUCUUGAACAGCGGUCAGAGCCGAUCUAUAUUUCUUAGAAACAACUUUCUAAAUGUCAGGGGAAACACCAAACUCAUUCUGAGUAAACGUUUUCUCAACACCUUUUAUUGAGAGCUUUGUUUUUUGAUCUCUCUUGGGGAUAUGGUUCCAUAUUGCAGUAGUAAGCGGUUGAAGGAAAUCGUUUUGUUUCCAUUACUUCCUGAAUAAGCGCUGAUCUCUGGCUGCAUAAUAGGGUACACACAUAGCAUGUGACCUCCUAUAACACGGCCAUCUUGUUUAAUCUUGACUGUGUGCAUAUUACAUUAUUUGAUAAAUGGUGGCAAAAACCAGAAUUUUUUUUAUAUGUAUUUAUUGUCAUGAGAAAUAAAUAGAUUUUUUUUGCCAUUGAUGACCUGUGAAUGGACUAAAUAAGCAGUUUCUUCAUGCCCUUAAUGAGAAGUUCCUUCACAAUAAACAAAGCUGUCUUCAGAAGGUUUUUUAUGAACUGCAGCCAGUAACCACAGUACAUUCCUUCAAUUUAAAUACUGCCUCUUCUGUUCUCGCUCUCUCUCUCUCUCUCUCUCUCUCUCUCGUCCUCCCUUUCAGCCAUGAAGGAGGAGACAUUACACUUUGCCAAUGGGUUUGGUAACGAGUUUGACCAAGUGGAAGACGUCAUCGGUGUGGCCCAGCCUGUGCGCUUUAACAGUAAGACCAACGUCUAACUCUCCCUCCAUCAAUCCUUCACUCACUGCUCAUCCCAAAAAAUUAGCAAAAAAUAUUUGUAUUUGUUGUUGCUAAAAGAACCGAUGGAAAGUUUUGUUACUGGACUUAUUGUAGGAGCUCUAAAGCACUUUUCCCCUCCACAGAGAAGUGCCCUAGUGGGUGGCAUCACUACGAGAAGACAGCCAGCUGCUACAAAGUGUACCUGAGGAAUGAGAACUACUGGCAGGCUGUGGACACCUGUCAGAAAGUCAAUGGCUCGUUGGCGACCUUCGUCACCAACGAGGAACUGCAGUUCAUCCUCAAGAUUGAGGUGGAUUUCGACGAGGAAGUGUGCGAGCGCAGAGACCAGUGCAAGUGAGUGUGUGUGUGUUUGCUAAGGAUGUGUUACAUUAAGUAAUAGUGUUGAUAUGAAUGCCUGAAGGCUGAAGCAGAUUCUUUACUGUGCAGACUAAUUUGUUAUUAUUUCAUCCACUUUCUCUUUCAGGUUCUGGGUGGGUUACCAGUAUGUAAUCACCAAUCAGAACCAUUCACUGGAGGGCCAUUGGGAAGUGUCAUAUAAAGGUGGGUGCGGACAUUGUUCAUUUUAAUUAAAGUAUAUUGUGCUUGAAUCCCGCUGAAAAUAAGCAAAAAGGAGCAGAUGCAACUCAUUGUCAUGCUCUAACCACCAUGAUUGGUCAAAGCAUUAAACCUGUAUUUGUCUUACGAUUCAUCUGGUUUCUUUCUCUCUCUGUUCCCUUACAGGGUCGAUGCAGGUGUUCUUGCCGCCAGAGGGCCUGACUAAUUUCGGAGAGGCAUCUCCGACCCAGGACAAUGUCUUCUGUGCCCAGCUGCAGCGCUUCCAGAUCAAGAGUAUGAACGAGCGCGGCCUUCACAGCUGGCACGCCGAGAACUGCUACAAGAAGUUCCCCUUUCUGUGCAAGAGUAGUACGUCUGCUCUUAUCAAAACCCAAUGACCUAUGCAUCUUCACAGGAGAUCAAAGUAGCUUGAUUGGAACAAGUGUAGAUGCUCAGCUGAAACCUGGUUGUUUGAGUCAUAAGAUUCAUGAAAUUCUUGGGUGCUGAAAUGCGUACCCAAAUCAGGGAAGUCCAGCAUCCUGUGUUAGUGUAGGUAUGGUUUUUUGUUGGUUCUGGUCUUAAACCUUUGAUUGUCUUUAACAGGGCAGACAUGUGUGGACAUAAAGGACCAGGUGGUGACCGAGGGGUACUACUUCACCCCUAAGGGAGAAGACCCGUGCCUGAGCUGCACAUGUCACGAAGGCGAGCCAGAGAUGUGUGUGGCUGCGCUGUGUAAUCGGCCGGAGGGCUGCAAGAACUUCGGCAAGGACCCCAAGGAGUGCUGCAAGUUCACCUGCCUGGACCGAGGUACUAUCUAACUACUCCCACAAUUCCCUGAACAAAAACUAGAAACUAUGGGUGUUUGUGAAUGUUCCACAAGGUGGAGCUCUUAAGUUGAAUCUCUCUUGUCCUGUCAUGUUGCUCAACAAUAUUUGGCGCUGUAAUUUCUGGAGAGAAAAUUCAGAAACACUUGAAAUGUAUAAAAAUGUAGAUCCUGUCUGUGUUUUAGAAGGCAGCAGCCUGUUUGACUCCAUGGCCAGUGGGAUGCGUCUGAUCGUCAGCUGUAUCUCCUCCUUCCUCAUCCUCUCUCUGCUGCUCUUCAUGGUGCACAGGCUCCGGCAGCGCAGACGCGAGCGCAUCGAAACACUCAUUGGAGGUAACCGUACGCAUCAUAUAAUCACACUCCUACAAACAACAGAUGGCACCAAGUUCGCUGCCAUCCCGUGGGGGAAAGCCCUGUUUGGCCUUUGAACAAACACAGGGAACGCCUCUCCUUACCAGCCUGUUCUAGCUUCUAGCCUGUCUCUGGUACUUCAGUGUAUUCAAAUGUUUAUGCAUUCAACUGCAUUGAAUGAUGAUUGGUUGGUUUCAAUUGUUCUCACUCUGUCUUUCUCUUUGCUCUCUCUAUCCUCAGUGCACCAUUUCAACCUUGGGCGGCGAGUCCCAGGCUUUGACUAUGGCCCGGACGCUUUUGGCACUGGCCUCACUCCCCUGCACCUCUCUGAUGAUGGAGAGAGAGGCGCAUUUCAUUUCCAGGAACCUCCCCCUCCCUACGCUGCCUACAAAUACCCUGACAUCCAGCACCCAGACGACCCCCCUCCUCCCUACGACGCCUCCAUCAACCCAGACAGUAUCCUCUAUGUGGACCUCGGUAGGAUCACCCUGUGCUGUUAAUGUGAACGUGUUUUCCUCACUUCCUGUGAUGUAACAUUUGUGAUUUUUUUACUAGACUCACAUACUAGGUUGAGUAUCUUAACUGUUUCUGAACCCUGUCAGCACUGUUCUUGUUGUUCUCCACAGCACGCCAUGGUGUUCAGAUGAUCCCUAGUCAGAUGAGGGACGUGGUAGAUGCCAUGACAGAUGCCCCAGCGCCACAUGUCCCCGAGCCAGACCCCGUGCCAAUGUCCCCCCAGGAACGGGAGGACUCCAUCGACAGCAGCACCCUCCUGGUGGGGCCCGCCACGCCCCUGACUCCAUGCCUGUAG